AUGGCGGCGAUGGAGAAAUCUCCCGCUCACAGCGCACCAUCCAGUCCGGCAACCUCAGAAAACUCCUUAGAGGGCAGCAACCUAAAACCCCUACUCUCACAAUUACCAUCUAAACUAGACUUGGAACUGAUGUUCUCUAAGAUGGAGAGGAGCUUUGGGGACAAAAUACAAUCGCUCCACAAGGAGGUAAGCCAAAUAGGCCACAGGGUACAAACAUUAGAAGAAGAAGGGAAAGCAAGAGCCCUGCAUAUCACAAAUAUACAAUCCCUCCAACAAACCCACAAUGAGGCCAUCCUAUUCUUGCAAAGGAAAAUAGAGGAUUUGGACAACAGAGGCAGGAGAAACAACCUUAGGAUAAGGGGUCUUCCAGAAACACAGGAGGGAGAGACAGAAGAUAUUAUACUCCUACUCACUGGCCUCUUUAACAAAAUACUGGGCAGGCCGCUAGACACAGUCAUUAAAUUUGACCGCACUCAUAGAGCGAUUAGACCCCGGGCAUUAUCUCAGGACACAACGAGGGAUAUUAUUUGUAAAAUCCACCAUUUCCCGCUCAAAGAAGCAAUUCUGCAAAAAGCCAGACGCCUCAGAAACAUUAAACAUGGAGACCAUCAAGUGUUGAUCUUUCAAGACUUGACACAAUCAACUCUCAUAGCGAGGAGAGCACUUCAACCCAUAACAGCAGCCCUAUCAGACAUGAACAUUAGAUACAGAUGGGUAUAUCCCUUCGCUCUAGUGGUCACUCAGCAAGGGACAACGUACUCUAUCUCAACACCUACAGAUGUCCAGGCCUUCCAGCAAGCCCUAAAACUCCCAAAGGACACAGUGGAGGACUGGACUGGGCUACCAUUGUGA